UAGUGGUAUUGUUGGUCAAAGGAUAUGCUUAAUUUGAUAGUACUUUGGACCUAGUUAAUAAUUGUUCUCCAGAAUAAUUGAAUCAUUUCAUAACUCUGCCAACAGUUCAUUACUGUACCUAUUUUCUUGUAUCCUCUAAGAGAGAAAUUUUAGGACUUAAGUCUGGAUAUUUGUACUACAGACCUUCUGCUGCCUGUGGGUACACCAUAUUACAAUCCAUCAUACCUCCUGCCUCUCUGUUGAAUGAAGUGCUUCCAAAGUCCACUGAACUGAGUUAUUGGUAUGUCUUAGACUGUCCCAGAGUCUUCCCAGAUACUAAUGAAGUGAAUGCUAUUUGUCUUAAAUAUUUGCAAAGACUAGAUGGCAUAUACAUUGGUAUAGGAGCCAGCAAACCUUUAAAAAUUAGAUACCAAUGUUUUCUUUAAUGCUGUUUUUUUCUCACUGGAAUGUGUACCAAGUGAACUUUUAACAUUAGGGGUAAGAGGAAUACUGACUCAUUGUGGAUAGUUAGCUGUAGGCUGUUUAUGGAAGAUACAAAGAAUCUAGGUGCUGUGAAGCUGUGAUGGCGGUGAAUGACAGCCAUUGUUUUGUGUUAAGGAUCCUCAUGAUAUAGAUUACAAAACCCAACUUUAGUUUAUAAAGUCUCUCUUUGACCAUGCCUUGGAGGCUUUGGGUACAUGUAGAAACUUCUGCUUCCUUUCCUAUGUUAUGACUUUUCCUUCCUCUUCUUUCCUAUUAUGGGUAGGGUUGGAUGUGGUGGAAGUUUUUUAUGUUAAUGAAUCUUGAGAUAAGUGAUUGGCUGCCUUCUUUCUUUUGUGCUGUCAGAGCGCUUGGAUCCUCCAAUGCUGUGUACUCUUUUUUGGGAAGUGGGGAAGGGAAGAGCAAAUGACCCUUUAGAAUCAAGGAGCCAUUUGGUCUUGAAGUUUGUUUGUUUUAAAGAGGUACUUUGGGAUCAAUCUCUGGUCAUUCAGGAAUCACGGACAGCAGCAGGUCUGCGUGUGGCAUGAGGGCCAGGAGUGUAUGGGAUUAGUGGAGCAGCACAGCUGGGCAGAGGAUAAGGUGACUGUUCUGCUGCUGGACCAGAAAUUGCAAAUCUGCUGCAAAUCGGAGGAGGUGUGGCUGCCAGAGCUGAAGGGAUCUGGGCCGCCCCCAGCCAUGGAACAGACAGCUCCUACUACAGUGUACAGAUCUGUCUCUAGGAAUAUUGAUGUCCCAAAAAGGAAGUCAGAUGCAGUGGAGAUGGAUGAGAUGAUGGCAGCCAUGGUCCUGACUACAUUGUCUUGCAGCCCAGUAGUGCAAAGUCCUCCUGGCAUUGAGUGCAAUUUACCUGCAUCCCGAACAGCUUGUGACCCAUGGAAGGAGAGUGGAGAUGUGUCAGAUAGUGGCAGCAGCACCACCAGUGGGCAUUGGAGUGGGGGCAGUGGGAUCUCCACUCCAUCUCCUCCCCAUCCUCAAGCGAGCCCCAAAUAUUCAAGCGAGGCCUUUGGCUCACCAAAAGCGGACAAUGGCUUUGAGACAGACCCUGAUCCUUUCCUGAUGGAUGAACCAGCCCCACGCAAGAGAAAGAACUCUGUGAAGGUGAUGUAUAAGUGUCUUUGGCCAAAUUGUGGCAAAGUCCUGCGCUCCAUUGUGGGUAUCAAGAGGCAUGUCAAGACCCUCCACCUGGGGGACAGUGUGGACUCUGACCAGUGGAAACGGGAAGAGGAUUUCUACUACACAGAGGUGCAGAUGAAGGAGGAAGCUGCUGCUGUGGCGGUUGCGACUCCGACGGCUGAGACAGUUCCUGUCCAGAGUCUGACCAACCCACCCCUUGCCAUCAUACCACCGCCUCUGCCCCAGGCCGAGUCGCUAGUCCUGGAACACCCUGUCUUGGAACCUUACUUGCCCACUGGUGCUCUCAGCAAGUCAGCCCCUGGCUCUUUUUGGCACAUUCAGGCUGACCAUGCAUACCAGGCACUACCAUCAAUCCAGAUCCCAGUCUCUCCACACAUAUAUACCAGCAUUAGCUGGGCUGCUGCCACUUCUACUAUCCCAUCCCUCUCUCCGGUCCGGAGCCGGUCACUAAGCUUCAGUGAACCCCAGCAGCCACCACCUACGUUGAAAUCCCACCUGAUUGUCACAUCGCCACCCCGAUCCCAGAGCAGCACCAGGAAAGCCCGUGGAGAAGCCAAGAAGUGCCGUAAGGUAUAUGGCAUUGAGCAUCGGGACCAGUGGUGCACGGCCUGUCGGUGGAAAAAGGCCUGUCAACGGUUCCUGGAUUGAACUUGUUGAACCUGCUCAACUUCUUACUUCCCUGGUCCCAGGGCCCACCCCCCAGGCCCUGACCUGGUAGCCCAGAGGAGGAAGUGACGCAGCAAUGUCUCCAGAGCCUCCAGCAGUGGCCUAAAGAUUCAAGUUCAGAUUUUUGAGUGUGGGAUGUUUUGGUCAAGGUUUAACUGGGUUUUUUUUCUUUCAUUCUUCUUUUUUUUUGGUGGGGAUUUUUUAUUUUGUUUUUGGAAAUGCAAAGGAAAUGAGAGAAUUUUUCCUUCCCAUUGGUCACAGCAAACAGGAGAAAGUCAGAGCUGAUGAUUUGUGUGCUCUGUAGUGACUCAGAGACCAAAGAAUUAUUUUCUUUUUUUCCUUCUGUUAUUUUCCCCCCAUGCCGGGACAGGUUCUUCUGAUGCUCAUAGAAAGAGCAGCAAUCUUGGGGUUGCUGCAGAGUUGGCAAAUUUUCUCAGAAAUCUUCUCAGAGGAACUGCUUUUGUUGCCCAGGAGAGGCAGGAUGAAUUUUUUUCAAAAGUGACUCCACUGGCCACAUGAGGAAAGGAGGUUUUGAUGCUGAUAAAAAUGGAAAGUCAAGAGAAAAGGAUGCUUGGAUAUUUGUCCAAGUGCAUUCUUUGAAGUGCGUGCUUCAGGAGAAGGAAGGAUUUAUUCUUUUUCAUCAAGCAGCAUCGAUGGAAGUGAAAGGACUUUUUUUAUCUUUUAGUAAUACAUUUGUUCAAGCUAUUUUAAUCUGGGUUCUUUUAGACAUUGAGUUUCACCCCUAGCCCAUCUCAUUUGGUUCUUGAAAACCUGGCCUAAUGGAUUUUUAAGAGUCUCCAAGCCAAGCUAGGGCAGAGGGUAAUUGCAAAGGGGAAUCAUCACUGCUUUGAGCAUUUGUUUGUUUGUUUGUUUUUUUCCAUUUCAAUGAGGAAAUGUUGGAGGUUCUUAUAGCCUUCCCUGAAACCUCUGCUGCCACCCAAAGUGAAAUUCCUUUAUCUUUUACACCUCUCGUUAUAGAAAUAUGUCACAUUAAAAAACAAAAACAACAAAGAACCUCCUUGGGGUUUUUUUCCUUAUGUUUUAGCUUGCUAACCUCAUUUUCCCUUAUUGAUCUGUAAGAGACCAUAGUAGAUUCCUUAACCUCUCCCAUUCUCAUUUUGGACAGUCUUUCCCCUUUAAUCUCUCUCCCAACUGCUAGAGAUGUGACUGGUUCUAGCAGAGAGGGUGGGGUUGGGGGAAAAUUAGGUGAAAAGAUGAUAUGAUAGAUGGCAACUUGGGAAUGGAGAAGGGAAUUGAGGGGGACCCAAAUUCUACUCUUGUCUAAUUUGCCUCUCUGAGAAAAGAAGUUCUGAUAUCCAGUGUGAGCAUCCUAUGAACUCCCAACUUAGUAAAAUUCUACAUUGUGUUAUCUGUGCUUUGUCAAAACCAUGUGGAAGCAUGGAGACAGUCAUGAAACUUAGAAAGUCCCAAUUUCUAAAGCUGAUGGCAGGUAGGGUGGGAUGUGGAAGAAAGGUAAUUCUAAGGGAUGUGAGAUGAAAGUUGAAGGACUUAUGUGAAGGCCAUGUGGGAUGGACCUAGGGACCAUUGGAAUACAAAUUCUUUAAAGGUCUUUGGGGACCAAAACCCUUAGCUGCAGUGCCUUGCUUCUAGUGGUAGAUGAGCAAAAAUGGUGCAAGUUUAGGCAUCAGGAGUUUGGGUCACUUGGAGAUUCUACUAAUGACUCGGCAGAGACAUGGCUUGAGGGGGCUAAGGAAGUAAGGCACAAUUCUUCCUCUUAGUUUCCUACCUUCCCUCUACUUUGGCACCCUAUUUGACAAAGCCCAGAUGGCAGGUAUUCUCUGGAGCUCAUCUGAAUAGGCUGCCCAGUGCCUAGUUGCCCUAAGAGAAAACCUGGAUGUAAUUCUAGAGGGCUGAAACUCAGGGAACCACACCAAGCCACCUCAGCUGGAACUUUGUCAGAGCAUUGCCUGCCCCUAGGUUCUAGACUGAGUUCUCACAUCCCUACGAACACCCAGCCACCAAGGUUCAUUUAUUUACUCAAGUGAACUGUUUAAGUGGAAGUUUUGCUUAAAUUUUCUCCUAACAAAACAAAACUGCAAAAGUAGCCAUAGAGAGCAUGCUAUCAUGACUCAUCCGAGCAAGCUGGACUGGGGUGAUAAGGAGGGAGAGAGGAAAUCAGAGAAAACUGCCUUAUAGCAGUGAAAUAUAUUUUUGUAACUUUGUAAAAUGCUUCUAAGUUGGAAUUCUAGUUCCUGGUCAAGCUAGAAAUUAGGCCAGAAAAAAAAGGGCCGCUUUCUUUCUCCCAUGUGUCUGUCCUGGGUCAAAACUGAAUUUGAGUCCAGAAUAAAACUUUACUCAACUUAUUUACUUUCUCCUCAAUGUAUGAGAAGAAACUAGUGCUUUCCUGUUACCUUGAUCAUCUGUAAAAUCCCCCUGAAACAAAAGGACCAUUCUGAGAAGUGGGAAGAGGUGGACCAAUCUUCUCUUCCAAAGCCAAAAUGUUCACUAGACCUCUCCUCUGAGACAUCAUUAGUGAAAAAGUUGCUUCUCAGGGUCUGGAUAGUAUAGAUUAGCCAGCAAUGAAGAUUUUUUUCCUUUGGUGAGUUGCCCUUCGAGUGACAUUGGUACAGCAGAAAACACUGGAGGCAGGAGAAGAUACUGAUGGAACCUGAAGAAUAAAAAUCCAAAUAAUUUUCAAUUUAGCUUCUCCUUAUUCCUCCUUUAUUUCUUAUUCCACUUUGGUGGUGGCGUAUCUCCUGUCCUUCAUUCUGUUUCUGUUGUGUUGGUUCUUAACUUUUGGUCUGUCCUUAGGGUAAAAAAAAUCUCCCAAUGUUUUUCCUCUGUGGGGAUGGUUUAUGAGUUGAUCAAGUAAAAAACUAUUUCCUUCAACUUUCUCUCUCCACUUCUCAGCCUCUCCAGGUGAUGGAUUCUGAUUGUUGGAAGACAGGGUAGAAGGAACACUUCUCAGUAGAAGGCCUCUCAGCACUUCUUGAGUGUAUGAGGUGUGACUUAGAAUAAUAUUGCUUUAAAAAAAAACGACCACCACCACCAUAAAAACCUAAAUGUUCAAAUGAACUACACUUCCCAGAAGUCACCUUAAGAGGGAUGCACUUAUUCCAGUGCUGCCGCUCAAAACAUUUUUGGAAUGAAAUCCGUCACCCCCUUUUUUCAGUUAUCUACAGAGCCGACAUUCUUUUAGAAAUCAGCAGUGGUGAUAAAUCCUUAUUUGGGGGAGAGUGUGUUGGAUUAAAAACAACAAAAGGCAUUUAGGACCAUGCCUGGGGAAAAAAAUUGGGUUAUCAGGCUAGGUUAUAUACUAUUUGCUUAAAAACAAGGUGUGGUUAUAAGGUAAAUGAAAGCAGAGAGAGAGAGAGAGAAAUUGAUUCACUGAUGCUUUUUGGAGACAAUUCUUUUUGUCCUCAUUUUAAAAAACUUUUUAAUAUCUUUUUUAUAUUCUCUAUAUUUCCCAGUUUAUUUCUCAGGCCUCCUACUUCUGAGAGCCAUCUCUUAUAAUGAAGAAUAAAGAAGUAAGGGGGAAGAAAAGUUCAACAAAAUUUACCAAUACUUUGAAAAAGUUUGAUAUUGUCUGAAAUAUCAUGGUCCCAUCCAUUUCUGCCAGUUGGAGACAGUUCUCAAGGAGGAAUUCCAAAGCUGUUUUGAGCAGUGGUAACAUCACUGAAAUGAUUGUAUAGCCGCCUAAUUAAGGAGAACACUCACUUGCAUGCAUGAGUUCUGGUCUGUUUAAACAAUCCACCUCAUUCUUUUAUAGUCACACCUUGUAAAAAUCGUGAAUACCAUCCUAGGGACUGGCCAUUUACUAGAGGCAAGGAAGAGAAAAGGGGGAUAAAUCCUGGAUCUGUGAAUUUGUCUUACUGGAGCUUUUCCCCUUCCCAGCUGUCUUCCAAGUAUUAUUUUUAUUGUUAAAAAAUUUUUAAAUGUGAAAUGUAAUGUUUUUACUGCAGCAAUAUGAAAUAUAUUUUAUAAGGAAUAAAAUGGAACAUUGGCUGA